AGAUUUCUUUAUCAAAAUCUCAAGCUGGUCCCUUGGGGUUGUCCUCUUACACUCUCUGCAAUUGAACACCAUUGCCAUUUGUGCAGCAGGGAAAUUUACUGGGAUCAAUCUGUAUCUUGAAUUUAUGCACUAUGGCAUAAAAUUCUGCAAUGGAAUUGGCUAAGUUCCACAUGGCUACAUCACAGCUCAACCAUGGCUCAGUCAUUUCUUUUUAGUCAAGAUGGCAGGGUAUUCGAAUGGAAAGGGUUCCUUGGAUCCAAUACACAAAGCAAAACUAAAGCAAGAGCCAUUUAACUCUGAUUUCCACUGGAGAACCCAUAUCCAAGGAUUUUUAGGGUGUUGCUCUAUUUGAGUGAAGGGAGACUGCCUGAAAACAGAAUUAAGUGGAAGUUGAAUGACCAUAACUCAAUUAUCCCAAUUUUACUUACCACAUGGCAUUUUCCCAACCAAGUUUUUUUGUCUUGUCGGUGGAAGCUUGGAUAAGCCUCCAGAAGCCUCCCAAAAGCCUCAUUUUGCUUUCUCAUGCUUUCCUUUUCCACCCACAUCAUUUUCUUUCUCCUUUCUCCACCAAGGUUAAGGUGCUUUUGUUAGAUCAGUAGAUCGAGGUAGCAGCAUCUCGAUUUAGGAGCUUUUGGCACGGGACUCGCAUGCUCGUUAUAUGUACAAGCUAGAGCCUCGUGUUUUCGAUAAGGAGGCAGAUCGAUAUCUUACCAAAACCAUGACUCAGCUUUUGUUUUUGAAAAGCUUUGGAGAAGAAAUUUGCCUCAUAUAAUUUUUGUGUAAAUUAGCUUUAUGUAUAAAACUUUUAAAUUAAUUAUAAAUGAACUUAACUUGGCUUAUUUUACAACUUUGAAUACUUUGACACUUUUUCAAUAUAUAUAUAUAUCGACUUGUUAAAGUGGUUUUCCUUUACAGGUAUUUAUGAUCUUCUUUUUCAAAAGUGUUUUUAUUUCUGCUGCAAACUUUAAUUAUAAAUUUUGUUUCCGAACUCUUCUAGGACUAAGGGUGCCUAGGGAGGUGUGUUACAGUUUCAACUUUCAACCGUAUGUAUCAUCCGUGUGGUUUUUGGUUCUUACAACUGCUUUAUGACAGGGAUUAUGACUUCAUCUACCCCUACAUUUAGUGUCAAAACUCUCAGACAGUUUCAUGGGACAAGCUUGGUUAAUUCAGUUGCUUUUGCAUCGAGAAGAAGAGAAAGAGGGAAAAUGAUAUUGGAUAGUGCAUUAGUCAGGAGGAGAGAAGAAAUAAGGAUGGAUGGUUUUUUGCCUCUAUUUACAAAGGUGUGGUGGGAUUUUAUUUAAGCCUUUUUCUUUGAGUUUCCUUUUAUGUCAAACUGUUUGGCCCUAAUCUGGUACUUUUCUUCCCAAUUUGAAUUUGAAAAUUACUCUUAACAGAUUCAGGCCUCACUAGUUAUAUUUAAUUUGCAAAUAACUUCUUGACUUGGGACAGAGGUACUUUAUAACAAUCAAAGUAUACUAUUCACUAUCUUAGCUAUGUACUUUUCUGGAAUAACUUUGUUGUUUAGAA